ACAAAUAAGCUGGAUAUUCUCUUGGACUUUACAUUCUAGGCCCAACAUUCUAGAGAUUGCGUACCUCUGCCUUAGGGCAUCUUCAUUUGGCUUUUGGGGUGGUUUGAAAUGAAAAUAUAAAAUCUUUUUUUUUCCACAUACUAGACAUUGCAUGGACCGUUUAUAAUAACCUCAUACAAAACUGAGUUACUGUGGUGCAUCUCUGAAGAAUAGGAACUGUAAAGAUGCCAGAAUUAACUGGACAGCUUGUAUGUUGAGAUAGGCCAUGUCUCGUCCCACUGAUGAGACGGCAGGAGACCUGCCUGUGAAAGAUAUAGGUCUAAACCUCUCUGGAAUGGGAGGAUUACAAGAAACUUCAACAACACGGACAAUGAAGUCUCGCCAGGCAGUGUCACGUAUCAGUCGUGAGGAACUGGAAGACAGAUUUUUGCGUUUGCAUGAUGAGAACAUUUUGCUUAAACAGCAUGCCCGCAAGCAAGAGGAUAAAAUUAAAAGAAUGGCCACCAAGUUAAUACGGCUAGUUAAUGACAAGAAAAGAUAUGAGCAGGUUGGUGGCGGCCCCAAGCGGCUGGGACGAGAUGUGGAAAUGGAAGAAAUGAUGGAGCAGCUGCAAGAGAAAGUUCAUGAGCUUGAAAGACAGAAUGAAGUCCUCAAAAACAGACUCAUUUCAGCCAAACAGCAACUUCAAAUCCAGGGUUACAGGCAAACCCCAUACAAUUAUGUGCAAUCUCGUGUUAACACUGGGCGUAGAAAAGUGCAUGAAAAUGCAGGCGUACAAGAAUGCCCCAGGAAAGGUAUUAGAUUCCAAGAUGUCGAUGUAGCGGAAACUCUACAACCCAUGCUUACAAAAUAUGGCAACAGUUUACUUGAAGAAGCCAGAGGAGAAAUAAGAAAUUUAGAAAAUGUUAUUCAGUCACAGAGAGGCCAGAUUGAAGAGUUAGAGCACUUGGCUGAGAUCCUGAAAACUCAGUUGAGGAGAAAAGAAAAUGAAAUUGAGUUAUCUCUUCUUCAGCUUCGAGAACAGCAGGCUACAGAUCAAAGGUCAAACAUUCGGGACAAUGUAGAAAUGAUUAAGCUUCAUAAACAACUAGUGGAGAAAAGCAAUGCUCUUUCAGUAAUGGAAGGAAAAUUUAUUCAGCUUCAAGAGAAGCAAAGAAGUCUCCGGAUCAGCCAUGAUGCCUUGAUGGCAAAUGGGGAUGAACUAAACAGGCAACUCAAAGAGCAGCGUUUAAAAUGCUGCAGUCUUGAGAAACAGUUACAUUCCAUGACAUUUUCUGAAAGAAGAAUAGAAGAGCUGCAGGAUAGAAUUAAUGAUUUAGAAAAGGAACGGGAACUUUUAAAGGAAAACUAUGAUAAACUUUAUAACAGUGCCUUCAGUGCUGCCCACGAAGAGCAAUGGAAGUUCAAGGAACAGCAGCUGAAAGUACAGAUCGCUCAACUCGAGACUGCCUUAAAAUCUGACCUAACAGACAAAACUGAAAUCCUUGACAGAUUCAAAACUGAAAGAGACCAAAAUGAGAAACUCAUUCAAGAAAACAGAGAACUACAGUUACAGUAUCUGGAACAAAAGCAGCAACUUGAUGACCUUAAACACCGCCUGAAGUUUUACAACCAGGAGAGUGAUAUUAAUGCUGAUGAAUUGAGUGAAGCUCUCCUGCUUAUAAAGGCUCAGAAAUCACAAAAAAAUGGAGACCUUUCCUUUUUAGAGAAAGUAGACAAUAAAAUUAACAAAGAUCUAGAACGCUCCAUGAGAGAGCUACAAGCAACUCAUGCAGAAACAGUGCAAGAACUUGAAAAGACACGAAACAUGCUGAUUAUGCAACAUAAAAUUAAUAAAGAUUAUCAGAUGGAAGUUGAAGCAGUGACCCAGAAGAUGGAAAAUUUGCAGCAAGAUUAUGAACUCAAAGUGGAACAAUAUGUUCAUCUUCUUGAUAGCAGAGCUGCACGCAUUCAGAAACUAGAAGCCCAAUUAAAGGAUAUUGCCUAUGGCACCAAGCAAUAUAAAUUUAAACCAGAAAUCACGCCAGAUGACUCCGUUGAUGAAUUUGAUGAAACCGUUCACUUAGAACGAGGCGAAAACCUAUUUGAAAUCCAUAUCAACAAAGUAACCUUUUCUUCUGAAGUUUUACAGGCAUCUGGAGAUAAAGAGCCUGUCACUUUCUGUACCUAUGCUUUCUAUGAUUUUGAGCUACAGACAACUCCCAUAGUGCAAGGCCUUCACCCAGAAUAUAACUUCACUUCUCAAUAUCUCGUUCAUGUUAAUGACUUAUUUUUACAAUAUAUUCAGAAGAAUACUAUCACUCUUGAGGUCCACCAAGCUUACAGCACAGAUUAUGAAACAAUUGCGGCAGGUCAGUUGAGAUUCCAUGAAAUUCUAGAAAAAAGUGGUCGAAUAUUUUGCACAGCCAGUUUGGUUGGAACUAAAGGAGACAUCCCAAAUUUUGGCACAGUGGAAUACUGGUUCAGAUUACGGAUUCCCAUGGAUCAAGCAAUUCGACUUUAUCGAGAACGAGCAAAGGCUUUGGGAUAUAUAACAUCAAAUUAUAAGGGGCCAGAGCAAAUGCAAUGGUCAAGUCAGCAAGCACCCAAAACUGCUCAGCUCAGUUCUACUGAUUCCACAGAUGGCAACUUAAAUGAACUUCAUAUUACAGUCAGAUGUUGCAACCACUUGAAGUCCCGAGCAAGCCGCCUUCAGCCACACCCAUAUGUUGUGUACAAGUUUUUUGAUUUUGCAGACCAUGAUACAGCCAUCAUUCCCAGUAGCAAUGAUCCACAGUUUGAUGAUCAUAUGUGUUUCCCUGUGCCAAUGAAUAUGGAUUUGGAUCGAUACCUUAAGUCAGAGUCUCUGAGUUUUUAUGUAUUUGAUGAUAGUGAUACUCAAGAGAAUAUAUAUAUAGGAAAAGUCAAUGUGCCUCUGAUUUCAUUGGCACAUGACAGGUGUAUCUCAGGAGUGUUUGAGUUAACAGAUGAUAAAAAGCAUCCUGCAGGAACCAUCCAUGUUAUAUUGAAAUGGAAAUUUGCUUACCUUCCACCAAGUGGAUCUAUAACAAUUAAAGACUCAGGAAAUUUUAUACGCAAAGAAGAGUCAGAAGUUGUUCAAAGAGUACCUCCAACAUCCUCUAUUAGCACAUUAGUUGUUGCACCAACACCAAAACCAAGACAGCGUUUAACACCUGUAGAUAAGAAAGUGUCUUUUGUGGAUAUCACACCACAACAGAGUUCUGAGAUACCUCCUCCUCCUGAAGAUGUGAAGGAAAUGUCAUCAGUAGUGGAGCAUACGCCAGAAAUAGAAACUAAUAUGCCAACUCUUUCACAUAUCCCUGAGGUUUCUCAAGAAAGCAGUGGAGCUAAGGUAAAAGAGAAAAUUCAACAAGGAAAAGAUGAUGAUGUAUCUUUCCUGUCUGAGGGUCAACUUGCAGAUCGAAGCUGGACUUCUUCUGAAGAUGAAACAGAAAUAACUGAGGAAUUGGAACCAGAAGAUGAGGAAGACAGAUCAGCAUCUGACAGUGAUGAGUGUAUUAUUCCAGGUCAUAUCUCCAAGAAUAUCAAACAGCCAUCAGAAAAAAUUCGGAUUGAGAUCAUAGCUCUAAGCCUUAAUGAUUCUCGAGUAACUGCAGAUGACGCUAUCCAGCGGCUGUUCGUUGAAUGCAGAUUCUACAGUCUUCCUGCUGAAGAGACACCUGUGUCACUUCCAAAACCCAAGAGUGGGCAGUGGGUCUACUAUAAUUAUAGCAAUGUGAUCUACGUGGAUAAAGAAAACAACCAAGCAAAGAGAGACAUCUUAAAAGCAAUACUACUGAAACAAGAGCUGCCUUACAGAAGUGUUCGCUUCACGGUGGUCAGUGACCCUCCAGAGGAUGAACAGGAUCUGGAGUGCGAGGACAUUGGCAUUGCUAACAUUGACCUUGCUGACAUGUUUCAGGAAGGGAGAGACAUCAUCGAGCAAAAUAUCGAUGUCUUGGAUGCACGGGCAGGUGGUGGACGUAUCGGCAAGCUCAGGGUAACCGUCGAAGCGCUCCAUGCCCUGCAAUCUGUCUACGAGCAAUACAGAGAUGACUUGGAGGCUGAAAGAAGCUGCUCCGGAGGCAUCUCCUGCUCCUGAGUAAACGCUCACAUGAAAGCUCUGAGAUGAGAUUUCUGUAAUUAGUCUGGUGUAUAUAAUCUAUAAUUCAUGGCACGCAGGGAGGGGGAGGCCUGAGUUGGUAGUGUUCAAGUUUUGUAUACUUUUCCAUUUGUUUAUUUUUCUAUUCCCUCCUUCCCAUGACUGCCACCCCUCAGGACUUCAGUUCUCCACCAUGGGCAGUACCUUCUCAAUAAUUUAUACCUACAUGAUAGCAUGAGAAAGUCUAUUUGCAUUUUCAACACUUCCUUAUGAAGAACCGACAUGCAAUUCCCAUUUUUAUUUUUAAUAAGCAAAAAGGAUAAAUCUUAGAAAACCUAUGAAAAGAAAUACUUUUAUGUUAUCCCUAAUCGUCCCACUAAAUGGAAUGCCUAUGAUUAGCCUCAUUAAGAGUUUUAUACUGUGAAGAUUUUAUUAGAAGCAAUAUAUGAAAAUUACUUGGAUUAAUGUGUUAAUCUUCCUCUUUAAAAUGCUAAUAUCCAUUUUAUGCACAUUAAACCUCAGUAUGCAUUUUCUUUGAUGCAUGCAGUUUCUAUCAAUUAAAUAUAAAGAAUGAGACUUGGCACCGACUUAUUAAAUUACUGCAAGUUUUUGGUUUUCUUUCUUUAAAAUCACACUUCUUCCCAUUUGUAUGAUUUUUAUGGAUUUGUUAUGGUGAAAUGGGAUCCAGGGAUGUGUGUGUGUAAAGAGGAGAUAGAUAGAUACAUGUAUGAAUAUACAUGAAAUUCAUGUUUUGAAAACUUAGCUUAUGACACAGAAGGAAAUUAUUUAAAGUAUGGCUCAAAUUCUGAUAUGCUUAGUUAGACCUGAAAGGAAUAUCUUUUUUAUCAUUUUUUAAAUUUACAUCAAGCUUGUACAAUGGUGGGGUGUAUCUGGAUAACCAGAUCCUCGAAUAGCAGCUCAGAAAGUUAAUUUUCUAGCUUUUACCCAAUCUCACUGAAGGAUUUAAUUGAUAUUUUUAAUGGAGCUGUGAAUCAAUGCUGCAAAGGAAUUGUCUCUGGAGGUCUAGGAUAUAAUGCAUUUCAUUUUUUAAUUUACUUUUUUAUUUGUCAUUUUCUUCAAAGGAUUUUUAUAGGCUGUGGGUUUUCACUGUUUGCAAACAGGCUAUGUUCCUUCUUAAGCAUAUGUAAAGUAUUCAGGGAGAUAAGUAAUUUAUUAAAAUCUACCUAAUUUGCCGUGAUAUAUUAAAUCUCUGCUUCAGUGAUCACAGACCAUUUCAUUUAGAGAAUUAGGCAUUCCCUCUUUGUGUGAUUAAAGCUCUGGAAAAUGAGUUCUUUGCUCCUAUUUGUGAACAUUCAAAGCCUGCUAAUGGCAAGAAGAUGGAAUAGAUUAUGAGACAAUUCAUUACAGUUCAACAGGGAAAAAAAGCAGCUAUAAUGCAAAAAUGCAAGUAUGAAUAUCUGCAUAUAGUUUGAACCAUCUGUGCUCUAAUGGCUUCAAUAAUGACUCUCGUCUUUAGGAGGCUUUGAAAUGACAUCCGUACAAUAUUAAUUUGUUGAUGUACAUUGUGGGACCAGUAGAGUACGAUCUGACCACAGAAAUCUAUAAAUUCUGUCUCUACCAUUGGGCCUCCCUGUCUGGGGCCCGCCAUCUCCAAGAAGAAUCUUGCUCUCAUCAAACUCUGCAAAUCUUCAUAAUAACUCAUUCCUCUGGAACCUUCUAGAGACCACAAACAUCUGCAGACUAAACCUCUCCAAUCCUAGUAAACAGCCACAUGUUUGUUGUCACUUCAGCUGGCUCUGAGCUCAUCUUUUUGGCCUCUCUUUCUAGCUUUCUUUGGCUUCAUGCAGUUACGGUGUCAUUAAGGGCCAUGAUAUUCCCUGCAGUAAUUUAAAACAGCCGGAUUAUACCCUGGGAUUAACUGAGUGGUUUGUGAGACAUUUAUUGUGGUAUUCUCCCAGGAGGUUUGUAUUAUUGUUUUAAAACGUUACAUCCCAAACUAAAUACCCUUUCUGCAGGGAAAAGAACUGGAUUGCGCUGACUUCUUACGAUCUUUAAGUAGAGAGGGGGAGUUUUUAUUAGGGAACUUCUGAGACCUCGUCAGCUGGGUGGAAUGUAUACCUCAGAUACGAUUAGAGAACUAGCCAUGUUUCUGUCACAUACAUGUUUGCCGUAGAGAUUAUUAAAGAUUCCUUUUCCAGUUUUAAAAUAACUCACCUUCCAACUACGUAAAUUCUUACAAGGCUCAUUUUCUUAAGUAAUAGAAUAGCUGCCGACAUAUUUUGAAGUGGGUAAGUGGUAUUGAAUGCCAUCAUAUGGAUGCUUCCAAGUGGGUUUCAUAGUCUGUUCGAGAACAGUUUUUUUAUCCUGUUUUGUGCUGACCAGAGUUCAUUGAAGAAGCUUCACCACCUUUUUGGACUACAGAGCAAUGGUUUUCCCUUGGUACGCCAAGCCUGACCCAUUAAGUAUGGUGAGCGGGAGAGGGGGUGCUAACAGUGGCCUCCCCACAGAAAUACCAGCUUAAGGCAAGGUUUCUGUGAACUUACAGCUCUUGGUGUAAAUGUACACAGUACACUCAGCACUUUUAGGGGCUGUAAUGCUUUUAGUUUGGAAAUACAAAUAGAGAUGUGAUGUGGUAUGUGGGAGAGUGUAUUUUACAUGGUUUUUUGCCUACUGUAGUAGAAAUGUCAAAUUCCCAGCCACUGUCAUGAGAAGCAGUUGACAAAAAUAAGUUUUAUGGUUUGCAGUGCGGUUUACAUAGAGAACAUUUCUCUUCACUCUCAAUUUCAACAUGUUUUCUAAAUUAUCAUGGUUUAUUGCCAUUUAAGUUAAAUUAGUUUUUUUAAGAAUAAAUAGAGAAUAUAUUUAAUCAAAUAAAGAACAGCCACAUUGAAAUUCUGCUGUUCCUGCCGUUCAUUUGUUACCACAAAACACAAAUACUUUCUACGUGUUAUGAAGAAGUGUGGGCUCAGAAGUGGUCAUAUGACUUGGGAGGUUCUGCGUGUUCCCACAACAAAACAUAAAUUAUUUUAGUAAUCUGACAUCAAGCUCUGACAAUGAAAACCACUUCUUACACAUGUUCUAACAAGAAUCUGAUUAACAUUUUUGUGGAUAUGGAAAAUAACUUUUUUUAGUCAAACUGCCACCAUUGCUGAAUUUAGAAUGAAUUCCUUAUUCACUAGAUAGCAAAAUGUGAAUCAUGUCUGUGGACAAAUAUGAGAAUAAAAUGCCAUCUUUGUGUAGUACAAAACAACCAGGGGAGAGCUCCGGGGAUAUCAAAUUACCGAGUGAUUGACAAUAUCAGGAUCAUAAUUCAUCCCCAACUAUGAGAGUACAUUUCAAUAAGUCACUCAUGCCUGAAGGCCUCUGACUACCUUAACAAAGAAAAACUAAACCCAUGAUUUAUUAUAGAUUGGACAACAUGCCUAAUUUGAUCCAUGAAUGGGAGCAAACAGCUUUACAUCCCCUUUGUUCAGAACAAAAACAACCUCCAGGUCAACCAGAAAACUAAAAAGAUAGCAAAGCUAUAGAAACAAGUGUUUUAAAAACUGAAAAUACAGAAUUAGAAAGCAUCCCUCAUCCUAAUCUCUUUUAUCUUGCAAGAUUUUUUGGUUCCAUUUCGAAGCGCCACUAGUGGACUGUACCUUACAGUCUAACCUCCUGGAAAAUGGGGCCCAUGUUCCUGGUAUUGUUACGCCUUCUGUUCUUACCCUCUCAUUUUCCAUAUAACAUCGACUUAUAUCUUUAAACCAUGUUUCUCCUUCAGUUUUUCUGAAGUAAAAAUCUGGUUCAGAGUUAGAAUGUGGCCUCUUUUCUGUGGUGGACACCAACAGGCCUGUCUUCUGCCUUAUGCCCCUUCUCACUCUCUGUCGAGAGUGACCUUUCUCAUCCCUGUAACGGCAUUACCCCUCUCUUCACUGAACACCGUUAGUUUUCUUUGUAAGGCAAAUUCGCUAUCUUGACCUUUCUACUUCUGUCAUCUAUUCUGUUUACACCUAUAUUCAACUGAACAUUUCCUCCCACCUAGACUCAUUUUUAGUCAGUCACGGCACAUUUUUCUCCCUUCUCUUCUCUUGGUGCCACAACUACUUUAGAUACCAGCAUUGGUGCCAGCUCCAUUGGCAUUCCCAAAAUCUGCCUUUGUGUGAAGCCUUUUUCUUAAUUUAACAUGACGGGGGGGGCGCCUGGGUGGCUCAGUCGUUAAGCGUCUGCCUUCGGCUCAGGUCAUGAUCCCAGGGUCCUGGGAUCGAGCCCCACAUCGGGCUCCCUGCUCCACGGAGAGCCUGCUUCUCCCUCUCCCACUCCCCCUGCUUGUGUUCCCUCUCUCGCUGUGUCUCUCUCUGUCAAAUAAAUAAAAUAUUAAAAAAAAAAAAAAACAUGACAGGGGCACUGCUAGUCAGCCAUUAUGAAACUGAGGAAACAGCAAGCUAAUCUGUGUAUCUUU